AUGGAAUCCCAAUUGGGCAUGGAAAGCGCAGCACUGAAGCAGAGACAGUCCGCCCGUCCUACCUCCAUAACCCGCGACUUCGUAUCAGGCCAACAUCCAUGGAGGCAGCCAACUAGCUACGAGACGUUCAGGAGCAAAUAUGGCCCUCAAUACAAGAUCCCCUUCAACGUCUACGGCGUUGAUGCGAAGCGCUUGAUCAGAUACGGCGGCCUCGCAGGCGCUUUCGGAGCAGCCGCUGGCAUCUUCGCCAUUUUCUUCUUCGACGGUGUUCCACGAGUGCAGAAGGACAUUCUCCAGAAGGUGCCUAUCAUUGGUAGCUUCUUCGUUCACGAGAUUCCCCCAGAGGACAACCCAUUCUAA